AGUUGAUAUGAUUCUAAGAGGGUGCAGAAAAUGAAAUGAUAACCUGGCGGCUAUUACUAUUAAUGGAAAUUUAAUUCCUAACGGGCAUUUUUGAGCUGAAUAAGGUUAUGUUCACUUCCGAAUGUUUUAAACAAACAUCUUAGGUCUUCAAGUGGUUUUUGUUUGCCGAAAAAAAUUGGCCCAAUCUAUUUCUUAAGUAAUGAAGCGAGGGGAUAGUGAUAUAGAUGCAGGUCAUCCGGAAUUGCAAUGCGGCGUAUGCGGAGGCACAAGUUUUCACGUGGAAAGCGGCUUUUACUACUGCACCGAAUGUCAGACGCAAACGCAGGAGCUUCAGGAGCAUGUAUUCGAGGAAGAAGCGUCAAAUCGAAUCAAAAGGCAAGGCAAGAUAAUAGGCAAAAAGGAACCGGCUAGGAAAACCGAGGUGCUUACUUCGUGGGAAUGUUACAAUGUCAUUUUGAAAUCACUCACCGACCAGUUGAUAAGUUUGGGAGCAGAUGGCAGUUUGAAGCAAGUGGUCAGGUGCCUGUGGAUGGGUUAUUUGAACAAAUGUGAAGUGUUUUCUUUAGAUCAAGACACCCGUCCAAAAUUGACGUUGGUCAGUAGUAAACGGGAUAUCGCGGUAGUUUGUGGAGUAAAAAAAAAGAAACGUCGAAGCAGAAGAAGUUCUACAGGAUCAGACAACACAACGGAUACGGUUUUAUCCAGAAGACAGAGAACUCUCAAGAAAAUGGCGUUGAUGAAGUCAGAUUAUCAAGAGGCGUCCCAGACAUUGACACAGGACAGCAUGAUGUCUGAAACAUUGUCAAGCUUGAAAAGCAACUCCACCCAUACAGAAAAAGCAAAUAAGAUUCAAUACAACACACAUAGUAAACAUUACCUGAAGAAAAGAAUGGCAAAGGAACACAUCAAAGAGCACCGCCAGGAUUUGAGGAAGGAGCUGAAAUGCCACAAAAUGACUUACAAACACUCCUAUAAGUUCGCGGUGGGCCCAAGCGUCAUAACUAUUGGUAAAUUGUAUCAAAUCCUGUAUCUGGGUCUAAACAUAACUCGUAGUGACAUACAAUUGGGCGACAUGUUAAGAUUCAUUAGAGAGGGGCACUUGAGUUUCGGGGCGUUUUUUCACUUAUUUCCCGAAGACGUUAAAGUACACAUGAAGAAACAUCAGCAUUUGGUUACGUUUACCGUUUUCCGCGAUAAGAUCGCAGGACUGGCAAAAUUUUUAGACUUGACAGUGUAUGUAGAGAUGCCCAACUUGAUAACCUUGUGCGCCCGGUACUGCAAGGAAUUAAAUUUGCCACUGGGAGUGCUUGAUUGCGUCAAAAAACUGAUCUUGAAGACCCGUCCCUUGAUGACUUUUAAUUCGAUGUGCAACAGGUUACCUAAUUACGAAGCACGCGCAAUGGCGUUCAUUAUACUGACUUUAAAGAUACUGUUCGGACUAGAUGGCAUGACAGAGUCAAAACUGUCACGUUAUUCGAACCUUUUAAAUGAAAAGGGAUUGGACUCCCUUACGUUCAACAUCGAAGAGUGGCUGAAAUAUCUUCAAUACAGGAGGUGUGUUAUAGAAAAAUAUCAUUUGCCGACGAGGUUGGGUACGCGCAAAGAAUUCGGUAGCGACUUGUACUUGGAGUACAUAAACUCCCAGAAAUUAAAUUACAAACAGGGCGUGCAUUACAUACAGAAGGAGUCCAAGGAUUAUCAGCAAGUGCUGGCCAGAAUCAGAAAAGACAGUUCCCUAACUCAAGGAGAGCCCAUCGUGUUUCCGCCCACCCUAACCCCAUUCUUAAGCUACUCGCAAGUCGUUGGAUCCAAUAGAGACGUCCCGCUCAGAGACUUGUUAUGGAAGGAUUUCAGUGAGAAUUCUUUGAGGUACCUUCUCGAACCCGACAGGUAUUUGGAAAUGUUGAAUAACCACAGAAUUGUCGCUGACGGUGCCAACGCUAACGUCGUCCUACACCCGCCGUGCAGCUUUUUGUCAAAUAAAGGUCCCAGAAGUUGUUUGCGUAGAAACAAAAAGGUGGUAGUUCACAUUUCGGACGAGACGGUCUAUAACUCUGGUACUAAUCAUCGCAACGGUUUCCCCAACGAGAACAACGACGAAAGUAGUCCCGAGUCGACCUCGGAGGUUGAUUACGAUGAGCAUUAUCGCCCGUUCGAGAGGUUUUGGCUCAAUAUACCGGCCAAUCCCGUGCAUUUCGACUCCUACAUGGCUAGUAAGGACAUGGAGGAUUACAUGACGCAAAUUCCUUUUUCGUUUAAAUUGGUGAUUAACGAGUGCCGUCGAAUUAUAGAACAAGAUAUCGAGUGCGUGUUUUCCGAGUAUCUCGUAACGGAAUUGAAUCUAGCGUACGGUACGAAAAUCGCGAAGUUAGCGGCGAACAUGGUCGGCGAUACUAAACUCAGAACCUUGUUAAAAAGUUGCGCCUCCAAGUGGUGAACGAACAUAUCGACUAUCGUGAUAGUUCUAAGCGAAGUAGAAUGGCAACGGCGUGAUUGAAAAGUGAGGCACACCUUACAAUGGAAAAGGACGGCAUAGUAAUGGGGGUUGUUGUCUUAGUUUUGCUCAAUAAAUGGGAGAAU